UCCCAGCAUCCUCCUGCGGUCAUAUGACAGCGGUGUGUUUUUGUCAUGUGACCUCCUCUCUGCUCUGUCAGUUUCCUUUUUCGCAGUGUCACAGGCUCCAAACUGAAACACUACUUUCUGUCCACAGCUCUGCUCCACUCUGCAGACUGGAGCUUUAACUGGCCUCGGGCUUCCUGUAGUUUUUCUGUGCGUUACGUUGUCUUUAACUUCUCCAUGUCCCACUGACUCACUCUCAGCUCCAGCGGCUCCACCGGCAGGCCUUGCUGUUCACCGAGGGAGCAUCAGUCCUCACGCCGCGGUAGGGUGGGUCCGACUCGGCCACGGAGGCAGCAUGGGCCCGCUGCACGGUUAGCAUGCUGCCGGUGGUGGUUAAAGGCUCCAGGAAGGGAUGAAACACGUCGCUGGUGGACUGUUUAGCUUUAAUGUCACUGCUACCGGAGCAGAAUGAACGGCACUCAGCAGAGUGAUACAAAGAGGCAGCACCUCCUGGAGAGGCUGCUGGAUGCUGUCAAACAGUGCCAAAUCCGCUUUGGAGGAAGAAAGGAGAUUGCCACAGACUCAGACAGCAGGGUGAUCUGCCUUUGUGCCCAGUUUGAAGCAGUGCUGCAGCAUGGACUGAGGAAGAGCAGAGGUCUGGCCCUCACUGCUGCUGCCCUGAAACAGGCUGCAGGCUUCAGCAGCAAGACUGAAGCGGAGUUGACUUUCUGGUUCUACGUGAAGGAGCAUCUGAACCGCCACGAGCUCCAGCGGUUCUACUCCCUACGCCAAAUCUCCUCGGAGCUCGGCCGGGGUCGUGCCUGGCUGCGCUGCGCCCUCAACGAGCACUCGCUGGAGCGCUACCUGCACACACUGCUGGCCGACCGCCCACGUCUGGGAACUUACUAUGAAGACUGGGCUUUUAUUCUCGAUGAAGAGAGGGCGAGUAUGCUCCCCACCAUGGCUGCAGGUUUGAACUCCAUCCUGUUUGCCAUCAACAUUGACAACAGUGACCUGAAUGGUGGGGUGACACGAGGAGGGUCGUCUGUGUCCCACCUGCUCAAGGAGUCCACGCAAGGCAUCGGCAGCCUGUGGAAGGAGUCAACUCAAGGGGUGAGCAGCCUGCUGCGAGAGAUCAGCACCGCCACGUCUGUGGUCCCUGGUUUCACCCCUAGAGUGGACGGAGCCUCGGACCCGCUACCUGUCCUGCCACGCAGCACCUCAGCUGACUCAGGGCUGAGGAAAGAGCGCCGGAGGAAAAAGAAGAUCACUAACAUCAUUUCCUUUGAUGAUGAUCUGGACGGUGGAGCUGAAGAUGAGGAGGAGGGGGAGGAGGACUCCCAAAAGAUGGGUGCGAUGAGGAAGAGCCACACCGCUCCCGCUCAGAGCAGUGUGGAGGAAGGGAUAGACCCUUUGGAGCCUGCCCUCUCAGAGUCGCCUGCCCAGAAUGGCCUGGCUGAGCCGGGCAUAGUGAGCUGGGUGGGAUCCCCUCAUCCCUGCCGCACACCUCCCAUUCCUACACCUCCUCUGCCUGACAGUAAGAGUAUAGACAACGAGGAAGAGGAAGAAGAGGAGGAGAUGUACAAACCCAGAGCGCAAACCCAGGAGGAGGAGAGGAUCCCAUCUGAUCAGGUGGUGGUGGGCAGUCUGUCCAGUGUGUCCACGUGGAGCCCUCUACAGGUCAUGGCUGAACACAGCAGCUCAGAUAUCCUCAUACCCCUGAACCCUGCAGACCCUCAGCCAGUGAGCUCUGUGGAGGACACGGCUGCGUUUCCUGCUCAGUGUGAGUCGACAGGAUCGGUGGGAAACUGUGAGAGCAGCAGAUCACAGCUGACAUUCAAUAUGGAGUCCAGUCCACCGACGCACACUGCUCCACUCUCUAACACGCUGCCAACAUCUGGUUUGCCAGAGUCCAUGACAGUGGUGGAGCUGCGACAGGCCAUUGUAGCCAUGAUGAACAGGAAGGACGAGCUGGAGGAACAAAACACGUCUCUUCGCAGUCUGUUGGAUGGGGAAAUGGAGCAUUCGGCAGGCCUGAGGCAGGAAACUGAUCUGCUGAAGAAGAGGCUGACAGAGCUGGAGGAGAGACACUCAGCCAAGGUCCAGGCUCUGGCCAGGGAGAAUGAGGUCCUGAAGGUCCAGUUGAAGAAGUAUGUGGGGGCGGUGCAGAUGCUGAAGAGAGAGGGAAGCCAGGGCAAUGACGCUCUGUCUGUGCUGCGGUCAAGUGAAGAGCAGGCUCCUCUCCCGCAGAACAAGUUCAUGGGAGACAUCGAGGAGCUGGCCGCCAGCUACGAACGCAAACUCAUCGAGGUGGCCGAGAUGCACGGUGAGUUGAUAGAGUUUAAUGAGCGCCUGUACCGCUCCCUCAUGGCCAAAGACCACCUCAUUGUCCAGAUGAGACAGGAACUCAUUGACCUGAGAGGACCGGUUCCAGGUGAUUUAAGCCAGACGUCAGAUGACCCCAGCCUGUCAGAUUUUGAGACGGCUCAUCGUGCUCUCAUCAAUGUGUGGAUCCCCUCUGUGUUCCUGCAGGGCAGAGCCGCCAACGCCUACCACGUCUAUCAGGUAUAUAUCCGCAUCCUGGACAAUGAGUGGAAUGUAUACAGACGUUACACUGAGUUCAGAGAGCUCCACAACCAUCUGAGAACCCAGUUUCCACAGGUGGACACCUUCAACUUCCCACCCAAGAAAGCCAUAGGAAACAAGGAUGCCAAGUUUGUGGAGGAGAGGAGGAAGCAGCUGCAGGGCUACCUUCGCAUGGUCAUGAACAAACUGAUCCAGACUCUGCCGGAGUUCACAGCCCGCCCCACCAAGGAGACCCUGCUGUCUCUGCUGCCUUUCUGUCUAGACACACCCCAGGCCAACGACGGUGGAGCCAAGACGCCGCGCUCCAAAACUUCGUCCCGCUUCCCCAGACUGGGACGCAGCCGCAACCAGGAAGCCAGACCUGAGCCGCAGAGUGGUGACCUUUAACCUCACCGCCAUUGAACUGAGGAUCUCUGUACAGGCUGUGGACCACGAUGUUCCGGCGUCUCUGUUCUGUGACAACCAGAGUGUGAGGACACUUAGGGCAUCUAAUGGACCUUCAAAGCAGAUAAAAAGCCUCAGUCAAGGAGUCGAGAUGGAUGCGUUCACAUUGCAGGCCUCUCUCUAGGAGGAUAUGUAAAUGUUUCUGUGUGAUGCCUGAGUAAGGGAUAAAAUACUUGCCCGAGGCUGCAUAUCGAUGGACCCAAUCAUACAGCACCUCUUACCUCACUGAGAGACCAGAAGACUCUUAGUAAACUGCACAUGGACUAGCCUGGACUGCUCCCUCUCAUCUCAACACACUGAGAUGAUGGGGACAUGUUUUUUUGUUUUUUUUUUAAAUCUUACUCUGUUCAGUUUUGUAGUGUAUCAUGGUCACAGUGCCUACAGUGUUUUGUAGCUGCUUUCCUGCUCUGGUUAGGGUGAGAGGGGUAUCCAGAGGUGAAGAGAGGGUAAAUUAAAGUCUUCUCUUGGGGAAUGAAUAUUGUUUUUCAGUGAAUGUGUCAGCAUUAUGGUGCCAUUACAUUUUUUCACAGCAGUGAUUCACAAUCAGGGGCGUGGACCACCAGGCAACGGGCAUUCCUUUUUUCCGUACUUCUGUUAUUACAUUCUUAUGACUUUUAUAAAUAAUCUGCAGUACAUGUAACAUAUCUUAAUGCCACCAGGGAUGCAGUGAUUAUUACACAUAAUAGUCAGAUUUUUAAAAAAAUUAGCGUUUACACAUCAUUAGUAAAACCAAAUAUCUUGGGGUUAGUGCAAAAAUGUGUUAUUCAUCUUUUCUUGAAAGGAGCAAAUUGCAGUACAAACCUAAUAUUAGAAAAUGUUGUACAGACGUUACAACUCAUUUGUCCAUUAUUAACCAUGAGAAAUAGCAGCUUUCACAGUAGAAACAGAUGUGUGCAUUUAAAGUGGGAUUAGAAAUGAUUAAAUUUCUGGCAACACAACAAAAUCAGACGCAAUCUAGCCUCUUUACAUUUUGGAAUAAAAAUAUACAGAGUUCAAGGCUAAAAUUUCGUCAUAAACUCACUGGUCAUUUUAUUAGGUACAAAAAUCCACUUUUUUGAAGCUUCUACAUUUUCUACUGUCCACAUUAGGGGGACUUUUAAAUACUGUGUGGUCCAGUCCACUACCAUAAUAAAGUAGAAUCAGCGUCUUUUUGACAGCAUCAACAGAAGCUUAGUAAGUGGAAAUCCUUCUAACUCUCAGCUGAUCCAACAAAGAAGUGGUGUGUGAGUGGAGCUGAGGAGGGCCACGUGAACAUUUCAGGGUGAACGACUGUCAUUUGACAGCACCCACCUGCCAGACCCUUCAUUAUGUAUAACUUCAAGCCUUAAAAAACGUUAAAAGGAUGAAUUAUAUAAAAAAUUACUCCCUCCACCGUUGUCCUGAAUGAGUAAAUUAACUGAUUGUAAACCUGGAUUUCUACUGUAAAAGUGAACAUUUUCACAUUGGCGUCCAUAAGAAGUUACUCAGUUUUGCAGCCAGCCUCAAGUGGCCAUUCACAGAAUUGCAGUUUAUGGCACUUCUGGGUUCCAUUCAUUUUUCAAACCAAGCAGUCUUUAAAUUUCAGUUUUAGUGCGUAUUAAAAUUAUCAAUUAAACUGACUGUAUGAGACCAUUGAACAUUCAAUCAGUAAUAUCAGUAGAAAUCCACAUGUAGUACAGUGUCAGCUAAAAAAUGAACUCCUAAAACGGGCAUCAUUUUCAACUGUUUGAUCUUCCAUUUGUAAUUAUGAUUAAAAGUAAUGAUGAAAUAUGAAAAACAAAACUUGGAUGAGUAAAAGAUCUUUACAGGUUCCCCCCAAAAAAACACAUACAUUCCUUUGACAAAAAAGAAAAUAAUAUAAGGCGCUGUUUUUUCUCCUUUAAUGGUGUUUUGACAUCCCUCAUUGAAAAGGGUCAUAAAUUAGCAUCCAUUCUUGUAUCCUCUCAAAAAAUAUCUUUACACAUUAUCUGAGUUCAGUUUUUGAUAUUUGCUUUAAAGUGUCUGAUAAAUUUGUUGUCAAACAUUUUUGAGAACAAAGGAAGGGAAGUCCAGUAUUACAAUGAAAACAGAUGAGUAAGCUGUGAUUUGGAUGCCUGUCUGCUCUGCAAAAUCCCAUGUUUAAUGAUUGUUCAGCUAAUGUGUCUUAGCGGGAUUUAAUGCAGCGCUGUGUUGCAACCGAAUGUUUUAAAAAUGACUAAACACUUGAAGAAAAGCUGCUUGUUGGAGUGUAAGGAAAGGACUGCUGAGCAUCAAGUGUGUGUAAAACAGAAGCUCAUGCAUAUGUAUGGAUUACCCAAGAGUAGUCAGAGACGAUGUUCAAACGAGGAGUGAUUGUGUUAGAAGGGCUUCGGAAAACUUGAAUCAAAGGGUCGGCUGGCAAAGUGGUAAACAGUGUUGGCUGUCGUUGAUGGGAGCCGAACAAACAAGGCUUGUGGGCUUUAAUUAAGUUGUUGUUCUUACGCAGAAAUGACCCUAGCAAGGAUCCCGCCACUGGUAAACACUGCACAAUGCUGUCAGGAAACUCUCACAAGGAUGGGGGGGAAGCAGAGGUUUUUAUCACACUUCCCUGAGAGCCUUUACAGAAAGAUUCUGUCUGUGAGUUACGUGUUUUGAGCUGGCAAAUAAAACAUCAAGAAAAGGAUAUAGUAUUACAACUUUUUUAAGAACAUAUUUGUUAAGCUGAUAUCGUUUCAGACAGAUAGCACUGCUGUGGCCUCCUGUCUAGAACUGUAAAUUAAACAUGAUUUUGUAUCCUUUCUUUUAUUGAAUGCUAUUCUCUGCUGUGAUGCAGUAAAACAGUGGAAUUGGUGGUAUUUUAGGUGUAGUACUGCCUUAUAUGCAUCAGAAAAAUCAGCCCAGAGGAUCAUACUGCUGUAUAAUCUCUAUAUUAUAAUGAUAAACAAUGACCUUUUAAUAGAGAAGUCUUUUACAGUUGAAAAUGUGGGAAGAUCACUGGUGGGUUUUAUCUCUCAGCACAAAUCCUCCAUACUGUAUGUAUGUAUGUAAAUGUACAGUAACUGAACAGGAUCAUUCUCAGAAAGCUGUCUUUAAAGGGGCACUCCACUGAUUUUAGCGAUGCACUCCUAUGAUAUCAGCCCUGCCUCCAUGUUUUUGUGCACAUUUUGAAAUAUUGCAUUGCAAGAAGAUAAUGGAAGCAGCAAAGAUUAAAAGCUUCCACAAUUUUAAGAAAAAAAUUGUCUCAUUUGAAAUGUUUUGUGAGUUUUUUAAUGAGAGUUAAGACACGUGGAAAGAUGGAAACGGCUUUUUCAAACAAGUUCUAAUGUAACAAACAUUUAUCUCGCAUGACUGAUCAGUCUGCUUCUCAGCAGCUGACAUGAGAGAAUAAAUAUUCAAAUUUCCCAACUGAACAAAUUUCUUCAGGAUCUCUCAUAGACUGUAUAUAAAGAUGGACGUAGCAUCUGGCUCCAGAAUUGAAGCCAAUCUGGAAGUGUCAAAAACUUGCAAUAUCACGCCGUCCGCUAGGGUUGGCUCCAAAAAGCUUUUUCUCCAUAGACCCCAAUUCAUUUUUGGAAAAAAUAAAAUUUGAUAGACUGAUGUUCUACAGCUCAGGAUUUUUUUCCCGUUAGUUUUCAUGGUCAAAAUGAGAGAUCAGGUGACCGAUAUUAAAAUAAAUCAGUACUGAAUUUUAAAUAAAUCAUUAAAGUUGGCAGAGCCAGGGGGCGUGGCUAUACUUGAUAGACAGCAACAGAAGCCUCUGCGGUAAAAUGUGGGCUGGAUAAGAGAGUCCUCAGCCAAUCCUGCCCCUAGUUGCUCUCCGGUCCAGUCUGUUUGAUGACGCUUUUUACGUCACUGGCUCCAAAAAAUCCAAAACGGCGACCAAGAAGUAGCAAAAUCCGGGCUUCAUUUUCUCAGCGUUGAAACCAACGGGUGACGUCACGGUUAGUUUACGCCUGGGAUCUCUGUCCAGGUUUUCUGCUUCGAACUUCUUCUACUCUGUUUAUUACAUAUAUGUAGCCUAUACUGCCACCUUCUGAAGGCUUUAUGUAACCAAGUUUAUUUGCUCCGAAGCAGUUAAUGGGAACAAGCCAAUAUUUUUCGUUAUGUUUUCGUGGGAAAUUUCAAAAUUAAAAUCCUCGUAACAGUUUUAAGGAAACACGGCUAUUAUCAGUCUUGGUGCAGCUUGGUGCCUACAUUACACACAAUGCAACUCACCCACUGACGUUUGGAGAUUUAGGUGUGGUUUGCUAGUUGUGGCUAAUGUAGCCUCAAGCAGAGAUGAGCAGCAGCUCCUCACUUCUUUCUUAUCCCACACACUCAGAUGAUUUUCUUCUUCAUCCCCACCUGAUUCAAAUGACAUGACUGGAGGCAUUUUGUCAGAUUUUGUGAAGCUCCCUCUGUAGCCACAAAAGCGUUUGUACAACAUUUUUUCAUGUCUGCAGUUCUUGUACUCUCCAAGAUCUGAAUUUGAUGCGUCAAAUCGGUGGAGUUCCCCUUUAAGAAACUUUGAGCGCAACUCAAUGACUUCCUGUGGAGUUUCUGACCACUAGUAACUCUAUGGAGCAGUUUUUAUAUUUGUGGGUCUCCAUUUUGAUUGUGUGAUUAUUUGUGGUUCUGUUCCUUGGUAGCAAACGUGGGUGUACGCAAUGAAAUAUUUAAAAUAUUACAAAAAUCAGUAUCACACUUAUUUUACAGAAGGAAAUACACUCAUCACAUUUGUUAAACCUGUUUGAUUUGGUGACUAAACUUUAGAUUCCAGGAAAGCAGAUUCCAGGAAAAGUCCACAGCACAAGUUUAAGCCUGAAACUUGGGCGUCGCCCACCAGGGACUUUUUUGAUUGGAAGUGUUUAUUCAAAGCAUCUCAGGUUCUGUUCAGACUGCACAAUACAAGCUGUUUAUUGACAAUAAGAGAAAAAAAUGGAGGCAAGUGCUUCUCAGAGAGGUUCCUGGUGGACACACAGCUGCUGUGCUCUGUUUUGGUGAGUAGACGUUGUCAUGAUGUGGUCACAGACGUCUUUCAAGCGGCUCCAUCUCCUCCUUACAAUAUCAUCCAGGUAGCCCGAGAGAUGACAAACGAAGGAGGUCAGAUUAGCUGAAAGUGUUCUCUUGCCUUGCCUGUUCUUGUGUACUUUUCUGUCCUUGCCUUAGUCAGCAGUCAGGCCUUAUCUAUCAGUGUCACAGCAAGAGGGGGGUGAACAAUAAAGUAUGAUGUGUGCAGAACCUACA